AGGCAUGAAGGCUCCCCAGUUACUUGUCAACAGUGGUUAUGAAUACCCACAAAAACCUGUAUUUAAGGAGUUUGUUUCUUUUGUGCACAAUUUUUCCUUAACACCAUAUUCAUCAAAUUCCUCGAAAAAAAAAAAAAAACUUUUUGUUCAUUCCCUCUAGUCCCUUUCCCCUUUAGGUUACAUAAUUCACAAUCAAAUGCAGAAAAUUUGUAACCCCUCAAAACCCAAAACCUUUGUUGUUUUUUGUUCUUGCAACUAAGACAAUAGUGCUUCCUUAUUUAACAGAGUGGUCGGUUCCCUUGAUUCACAUGUGUUUGAGAAUUGAAUGUGUUCUUUGCGUGAGCACACAAAUUUACGAGUUUGUCGUGUUCUGUUUUUCAUUUGCUUCUUUGAUGAAACAGGGGAUUUUGGUUUGGGAUUGGAUCAAUGGAGAACGUUUACAAACCAAGUAAGGAAAAUCAGAAGCUUAACUUGCCAACUGGUUUUAGAUUUCAUCCAACUGAUGAGGAGCUCAUAAAAUGCUACCUCACAAAGAAGGUUGCUGACAACUGUUUCUGUGCUGUGGCCAUUGCUGAGGUUGAUUUGAACAAGUGUGAGCCAUGGAAUUUGCCUGCAUUGGCUAAAAUGGGGGAAACUGAGUGGUAUUAUUUCUGUGUGAGGGACAAAAAGUACCCAACUGGUUUAAGGGCUAAUAGGGCCACUGAGGCUGGUUAUUGGAAAGCCACAGGAAAAGACAAGGAGAUAAUAGCGGAAAAUGCACUCAUUGGGCUGAAGAAAACCUUAGUUUUCUACAAGGGAAGAGCUCCAAGAGGUGAAAAGACAAACUGGGUUAUGCAUGAAUAUAGGUUGGAAGGGAAACAGAAUCAAUACCAAUAUGCUAAGAGCGAAUGGGUGGUGUGCAGAGUCUUUGAGAAGAGUCCUUCUGGGAGGAGAUUGCACGUUAGGAGGUUGAAUUCCUCUGGAAACGAAUCAUCAUCACCUUCUUCUCUGUUGCCUCCUCUGAUGGAUUCUCCUCCUAACAACAGUGAAACAAGAACCACUGCUGGUGAGUUGUCUCAGGUGAUCAGCCGUGAUCCAAAUCAUACUGUGGAUAAGAAGAACACACAUGAUGACAUUGUUGAAAGCAUGGAAACUCCUAUUCUGAACUUGUCAUCCUCUGCAACACCUUUUGCUGUUUACCCUUUUGGAAAACCAACCCUUUCGGUCGCAGACCAACCAGCCCAGAUUGCAAACCAAAUUGGGAACUCACAGUACCCAGAUUAUUGUUAUAUGCCUCAAGAUCAGUCCUUGAAGAUGCUGAUGACUGGAAACCAUGAACCAAGUGCAAAGCAAAUUCAGAAAGCAGAGUUUUCUGAUGGAAGAGAGUUUGAUGCUGAUAUAGAAACAAUGCUUGAGAAUCAAGAAAUUCAUGAGCUUGUGCAGGGCAUGUGGGCACCGAUUGCAUGUGGAAUUACUGAAGAAGGUUAAGGAAUAAUAUUUAGUGUAAGACAGAAAAUAUGUCAAUUAUAUAUUAUAUGAUACAUAUAGGUUGAUCCCUACAGCUGCAUGAACAUUAUAGGAACUAUGAGAAAUGCAUAAAAUCACAGCUGAAUAGUCUAUAUUUUGCAAUAUAUAUAUAUCUUAAUCCUUAUUUUCAGCAUUACAACCUAGUACCCUAUACCUCAGCUACUUAUAGAUUGAAGAGGAAAUCCAGCACCCUUCUCUCCCUUUCUCUGCAUUUUAUAUGUAAUUUUUAUUUUAAAAACUAAAUUAUUAUGUAGUUUUUAUUAAAA